AUGAGCAGGUGGUACGAGGAAGACUUCCCCGACGACGACCAGUCCACUCCCAGAGUUCAGACGUUGCUGGAGAUCUUCAGGAAGAAGGUAGCCAUCACUGACAGAGUUUUGGUCAAUUCCCACGAUUUUGAAUACAUUCACAACGCAUCCAAUGUUUGUACAGGAAAGAAAGUUGAACUGAUCGCUGGAGUCCCCAGUAAGGCAAACAAAUUCGAAGCUCGCAUGGCAGUUCGAGAUUCCUGGGGAAAAUAUAAGAAUGAUCCAGGAAAUAAUAUGUUACUUUUGUUUUUCUUGGGCGCAACUGAUGAUAAAACUAUGCAAGAGAAAAUCAACGAAGAAGCGUUGAAAUAUGGAGACAUCGUUCAAGAGUCUUUUAAAGACUCCUACCGCAAUCUCAGUUUGAAAACUGUGGCUCUAAUGAAAUGGGUAAGCAUCUAUUGUCCAGACUCCACAUUCGUGUUAAAAGCAGAAGAUGACGCCUAUGUAAACAUACCUCGACUACUGGCAAAACUACGGGAGCAACUAACAAGAGGUCCAAUGUUUAUCAUGGGUGCCGUCCACCACAACACUCUGCCUUUUCGCGAUCAGAAGAACAAAUGGUACGUCACUAGAGACGAGUAUCCGUGGAAGAUGUUCCCCAACUACCUGUCCGGCACAGCCUACGCCAUGACCAGCACGGCAGCCAUGAGGUUGUACGUGGAGUCCCUAUACGUCAAGAACCUGUUCCUGGAAGACGUCUACCUGACCGGUCUUGUUGCGGACAGGGCUGCAGUUCCCCGGAUAGGCGAAGGUGAAUUCAGCUGGGCCAGGCUAGAUCCAAAUGGUUGUAUAUUCAGAUACAAAGUUAGUGGACAUAAAUAUUCAGCUGACGAACUACGAAAGAUUCACGAUGAACUCAUUGAUCCCAGUUUCAAAUGUUACUAA